UCUUGGACCCUCAUUCACAGUCAGAUUACGAGAAGACCAGCAAACAAUAAGCAACAACUACUUUCUUUCGUGGCGGGCGGCUUUCUUUAUUCACUGCCUCCAACAAUCUGCGGUUGUUUUCUUUGGCUCGUGCACAUUUGUAAACGUGUCCCACCGUCAGCAUGUCCUCAGAAGCGUCAUCUCCUGUGAAGUCCACCACCCCUCCUCUGUCCCCGCUGUCCCCGACCUCUCCGGUGUCCCCCAGCUCUCUUCGUCUGCCCGCAUGUCGCAACAGAGACCGGUCGCCCUCCCCCAUGAGGGGAUACCUGAUUCCCAGUCCCCUGCCCACCCGCCGCAACCGCACCUGCUCAGCUCAAGCGCGUGCAGCUGAGGGCCCGGUCUUCAGUGGGGUCUGCAAGUGCUUUUCACGUUCCAAAGGACACGGUUUCAUCACGCCAUCAGACGGAGGCAAUGACAUCUUUGUGCACAUAUCUGACAUCGAGGGUGAAUAUGUGCCUGUGGAAGGAGAUGAGGUCACCUACAAGAUCUGCUCUAUUCCACCCAAACAUGCAAAGAUCCAGGCCGUUGAGGUGACCAUCACUCAUUUAGCACCAGGCACGAAACAUGAGACCUGGUCAGGAGCAGUGUUUGAAUCAUGAGGUCCUUGAAAACAGCAGCUCUCUGAAUCUGAACUCUUACAUACUGUCGAAAAGGGUUUCUGUUUCUUUUCUGGAGGUAUGGGGGAAAGCGAACAGGGAUGAAUGAAUGAAUGCCUUUAAGCGCUGUGUGUGACGUGACAUGCAAAUUUUUAGCUUUUUUUCUUUAUUUGGAUUAAGGAAGGGAGUUUGUUAUAAAUAAUCUUGACUAUUUGGUUUGUUUAAUUAUGUGGCAUGAACCAUAAUCAGUUAUACGUGCAUUAAACAUCUGUGAAUUGCUGACCGAUUUGAUUACUCUUAAAGGGAU